GUUGCCGCCGGGUGGGAGAUGCGCGAUCCUGUGAUCGGUUUUGCACGCGAUCCCGUUGCGAUCCAGCAGGAGCAGAGGCAGCCAGCGCAGACUUUUGAGCCUGCUGGCAGGCGAAGCUGUUCAGAAGGAUGGGACCCCCUGUCCACCGCCAGAAAACAGCGAAAAGCAGCCAAGAGCGGAAGAAAAAACGAUGGGGCUCGCCUGUUGCUAAGCCUGGGAAAGGAGACCCCGAGGAGAUCAAAGGAGGAGGAGGCGGUGUCAAAUUGGAGCCGGCGGUGGCGGAUUAUUUCCGCCAGGCGCACGAAACCUUCAAGUCUGGUUUUGCCUCCGACGAGGAGAAAAGUCUGUUUGUGAGCAACGUCCUGACGGAGGCCACGGAUGUGGCGCUGCCGCUGGCUCUGGAUGCCUCCGGGUCGCUGUUCCUCCAGGCGCUGCUGCCGUCCGCCUCGGGGGCCAGCUUGGAGCCUCUACUCCGGGCGCUCCUCCCCUCUCUGCGCCCGGUCGCCUGCCACCCCUGCGGCGCCCACAUCCUGGAAGCGGCCCUGUGGAGGGCCCCCCUGCUGAUUUCGGGAGGGGACGAGGAGGCCCAGGCGCUGGAAGAGCUCCUCCUGGAUCUGGGGAAGGGUCUUCGGGACGAGCUGGCGACUUUCGCACUGGACGCCCAUGCCAGCUUUGUGGUGCGGACUCUGCUGCAGGUCCUGGGAGGGGCCCGCGUCGGGUCGGACGGGGGACGGGGGCUCCCGGGCUCAGGGUCUCUUCGUCCCCAGGCCAAGAGUUCGAAGGUGGGGAGUGAAGGACCAGCGGUAUUCGAAGUCCCCGCCAGUUUCCUUUCCCUCCUACGGGAAUUCAAAGGCUGCUUCCAGGAGCAAAUUGCAGAUUUCAUCACCAACAAAUGUUUCAGCCUCUGCCUGCAGGUGGCGCUGGAGAUCCUGCACAGGAAGCUGCCUGAAGAGUGUGCUGAGCUCUGCCGGUCCUUGAUUGGCUACCUGAGCAGCUGUAACCCGGCUGCUGAGCAAAGCAGCCUCCUGGUGUUCCUGAAGGACGCGACCUGCAGCCGGGUACUGGACAAGGUGUUGGAGGUGUCGGAUGCGAAGGUGCUGCGCUCCUUCUACAAGGCUCACGUGAAGGGACAGCUGCGCGCCUUGUCAGCUCACAAAGUGGCCAACUUCACUUUGCAACGGCUCAUCCAGGCCGCCUCGCGGAAACUGCUGGGACGGCUUUUUCAGGAGCUGGGCCCCGGCUUGGAACAAAUCUUGGCCCUGGAGCAUCUCGGCAUCGUCACGGCGCUCCUCGGUGCCUGCCGGAAACGCGGCGCCCACCAGCCGGAGGUGUUGCAGCUCCUCUUGGAGGCCUUCCACUGUUGGGAGCCCCCUGCCCGCCAGCUGGCCUGUGCCCCCCUGCUCGCCUCCGUCCUGGCGUACGAGGUCUACUUUGGAGAGGAGGAGAAAGAGCAGGAAAGUGCGGCACCGCCGGCCCUGAGCGCCAUCUCCUACCACGGCUCCCUGAUAUUGCAGCACCUCCUGCACUUCGCAGAUCCUUCCCUCGUGCUGCGCAGCUUGGCCGCCAUGCCGCCCACCGACCUGGUAACGUUGGCUUGCGAUCCUUCCGGGAGCCACGUCUUCGAUGCUCUCUUGGCCAGCCCCUCCGUCUCCGAAAAGCCCAGGCGGAAAGUGUUGCGCCAGCUGAAGGGCCACUUCCUGUCCCUCGCCUGCUCCAAGCAUGGCAGCCGGGUUCUGGAUGCCAUCUGGAGCCGAGCCAGCCUGCCAGCCAGACGGGAGCUGGCCCAAGAGCUGGCGGCGCACGAACCCCAGCUACGACACGACCCCUUCGGCCACCACCUUGUCCGUAACUUUGCCUUGACCCAUUUCCUCAAACGCCGACGGGACUGGGACAGCCACCAGCAAGCAGAGAAGAAGCGGAGGGAUCUAUUUGCCGAGUUCCUGGAGGAUUGAACCCGUGGGGUUGGUCGGCCAAAGAUGGGAUUUUAUUUUAUUUUUUGGGGUCGACCGAUGGCAUCAAGAGGACUAGCUCCUUAAGCGGGCUUUGUGUUUCACACCCCACCCAAAUCUGCCCAGAAGUGCAUUUGAAAAUGCUCCUUCGCCCUCAGGAAUGUGGGUAGGAUAGGAAUCGUUCCUGUCACUCUCGGACAGUUCAUAAUGGGAACUGAAGUCUGAAAGAAGGAAAGAAG